AGUCUGUGCUAGGGCGGGCGGCUCGAAGCCUGUAUCGCCCCGCACCUUACCGCAGUCUACCUUUGGUCUUCUAAAUGGGCGGUACUGUGCGCCAGUUAGAGCGUAUACCGCGAAACUAGAAUUCACAAAGCAUGAAUUAAAAUCGUUGCUAAAUAAUUGUACUGUUUGGUAGUUUUAAAUUCAUUUGUGUCAGUGACCCAGUUACCAGUGAGAUUUGUGUUGUGCUUUAUUAUAUCAACUGUUUAGAAUGUGGUGUAUAGGGAUGAGUGGAGUGAAGUGAGGUGGGGAUUGGGGCGCAAUGAGCGCUCCAGAACCUUUAGUGCUUCAGGCGCUCCAGGGGUUCACCCAGGGGAGCGACAAGUGGCCUGGACCACGAGCUGUCAAGAUUUACAUUGCAUCCCUCUAUAAUGAUUUCCGCGAAGAAAGACGUCAAACGUUGGAGUUGGUGGGUCCGGAGUUGCAGUCAACGUAUGAUGAUCGAUACAUUGAGGUUGAGUUCGUGGAUAUGCAUUAUGGAACCGAUGGAGGCGACGAGACUAAUCCGGCUUUGCUUAGAUAUCAUCUAGACGAGAUACGAUGCUGUAAUCGGAACUCCAAAGCUGGUUAUUUUUUGUGUUUACUUGGUGGUGAAGCAGCGUCCUAUCAACCGGUGCUGCCCUUCAAGAUCGCCAAGGACACAUUUGAACUGCUGGUAAAAUCUGAGUCACCUCAAGCCGCACUCGUUCGCGCCUGCUACAGAUGUAAUGGAGAGGAUUACAAACUAGAUGGCGAUGACAAAUGGUACAGCAACUUAAUGGAAAGAGAAGAGGAGCGACAGCGUCUCUCAACGGUUCAAAAAGCAUUUAAUACACUCGUACUAGAAGCUCAUGACAGCGGCCUAGAUGUUGCAGAUUUAUUGCGAAGCCCCGUUGAAAUACAGUGCGAGCUUGCUCUAGAGCUGCUUAACACGGGUAAACACGCAAAAGGUUUAAUAGUUGCGCAUAGAGAACUUUCCGCGUUGGAACCGGAUGAUAGUAAAUUAACAAUUAUAGCACAUUCUCGGUUAAAAGCUCUUCAAAAGAGGAUUGAAGAUGUUCUACCCGAGACUCAUGUUAUUUAUCUCGAACCUUCAUCAGCGGAUUCUUCAAGAACUGAUGGAGCAUCAGACAGUGAAGAGAAAUUAACUCCAUUCAGGCAAAAGCUGCAGGAUGCAGUUAGUGCCCUGAUUGAUGAAAGCCUUAGCACAGAACCCGAUCAGGGAAAGGGGAGAAAAAAGACUGUUCAAGAAGUGUUUUUGGAACACAUAACACAUCUAAGGAUAUGUUUAGAACACCAUCAGAAAUAUCAACUUACAGUGAAACACAUAAAAGAAGUGGCUGAAAGCAUACUAAACAAUGCUAAAGAGAACUACGAAAAUAAAUCAAGGCACGCACCCGUACUUAUACACGGACCAGAUGCGUCUGGUAAAAGUACAUUACUAACGCAUUUAUACUACAAAUGCGAGGAGAUAUUCCCAAAACCAGUUCUAAGGAUAAUACGAUUCUCAGCAUCAACGCCAAGAUCCGCAUACAACUUAGAACUUUUGAGAGUUAUGUGCCAACAAGUGUCUAUUAUUCUAAACAUUCCAGAGGGUUACUUGCCGAAAGACGCAAGUUUUGACCCGUUGUACAUAAACAAUUGGUUCCAAGGUUUGCUCAAGCGUUGCGAGGAAAUGGAAAAUCAAAUAUUAUUAAUAUUCAUUGACAAUGUACAUAGAGUGAAUCCACUGGAAUGUGACAUUGUAACCGGCCUGUCAUGGCUUCCAAUGUCCUUACCGAGAAACGUAUUUUUAGUCUGCACUAGUGCAGUAUCAUUAGAUCAAUUGCAGCUAACUCCAGCUCAGAAGGAGAAAUUCAAGGUGCAAAGCUGUUAUUAUAUGCUGGAAACGAUCGAGGAUAUGCCGGAAAAUGAUAGCUCUGGGGAGUAUAUUGAUAGUGCCUUUGAUAAUCUAGAAGCUAUGUUCGGAGCUAAAGCGUUUAGUAAACUGGCAGGUUACAUAACUUGUUCGGAGUUUGGUCUCACUGAGCUCGAGUUGUUGGAACUUUUGAUGCCUACGAGUAACAGCGAGGCUGUUAUUACACUCAAGGACGCGAACUUUAACUUUUCAACUUUGUGUGUCGCUAAAUAUAUGAUGUUGAAAUCGUUAAUCAGCGAAAAUGUGGUAUCCGGCCGCAGUACAUGGCGUUGGCGAGCCGCUUCCGCAAGUGCAAGAGCGAGACGGCGAUAUGUACGAGUCCAAAGUGCACUAAGGGAUGCACAUUCAGACUUAGCUGCCUUGCACUUUGCAAGCUUUCUGAGUGACCCUGAUGAUACAGACACAUCAGAAACGCAGGAACCCGGUUGUGUGGAGGAUGAUGACGCGCUCCUGGACUCCACUCCAUUCCAUUCAGCUAGUCGUACUGCGGCGGCUUUUACUCAGCGUCACGUGGAGGAAUCAUGGCUGCAUCUUCUUUUAGCUGGAGACUUUACGAAACUUAAGGAUUUGACUGUCUGCAACUUUGACUUUUUACUAGCGGCGGUGCAAACAGUAACAAUAUCAUACCUUCGUUGCAUAUUGGAACACGUGAGAUGUUACAUACUGGACCGUGAUGUGGAGUUGGUGUAUGGAGCUGUUAGAAAGGCCAGCGACAUACUAACGAGGGACCCUAUGCAGUUGGGAGCACAGAUAAUAGCUUGGUUGAGACCAUCUGUAGCUCGACGUGGAGUACUGGCGACGUUGGUGACGGCCGCCAUGGCCUGGUGUGAUGGGUACGACAAACCACUGCUUGUUCCGCUAAAUGGGUGGUUACAUCCACCCAUUGCAUCAACAGUACGAGUGAUGUCUGUGGGUGGUUCAACACCAGGUGCAGGCGCACGCUUACUUCAACUAGCGCCAUCUGGACAACAUUUAGUGUUGGCACCAUCUGCGGGUGACCCGCAACUUUGGCAUGUCAUGUCAAAUUCUAAAGUACACACAUUCAAAGGUCACUCGGGCAGGAUUCUCUGUAUGUGCGUGACUCGUGAAUCUCAAUAUUUGCUAACCGGUUCCGAAGAUACAAGUGUCAUUGUUUGGGAUCUUCACACACUUGCUGUUAAGACAAAGAUAUUGGAACAUAUUGCGCCUGUAUUGUGCGUGGCCGCCAUCGUGAACCGUUCGCUUGUAAUCAGCGGAGGGGAAGACUCGGCUGUUAUAGUAACGUCUAUUGUCGAUGGGGCUUUGGUAACAAAAUUGGACCACCACCGCGGACCUGUGACGUCGGUGAAAGUGAUUCAAGAUGGCGACAUUCUAGUCACUGGAUCACAGGAUGGCACUAUCUGUACGUGGAGUGUUGAUAACUUCAUACUUCUCAGUACAAUAUCCGCUGGAGUUCCGAUACAUAUCAUGGAUGUGACAGAUGACAAUGUCUUCCUUAUCACACUUCAGGGCGAAAAUGAAUUGCAUUUGAGAACUUUUAUCACUGGAACGUAUUUGCAUCCCCUUAAACGGCACAAGGCUAAGGUGAAAUGUUUUUGCGUCGCCCACGAUUCAUCACGCGCCGCAGUCGCCUGCACAGAUCAACGCAUAUACGUAUACAGUCUUCAUAGUGGACAUCUCCUGCGCACACUUGCAGCUGCUCAUGACAUCGCCGCACUUGCCGUUGCUGAUCAAGAUCAUUUUCUUCUUGCUGCUGGAGGAAACCGGGUGACUAUAUAUUCGUUCCACACAGAAGAUAACUUGACGAACUUCAGGCCUACGAAACAAAUGAAGAGACGUCAAACAAAGUCAACGACAAAUAUAUCUAUGUUGCAGGCGGAACAAAGUGAACUAAUACCGAUAAGCUGCUUGGAAGUAUCAAGAGAUGGACAGCUGGCUGCCAGUGGGUGUGCAAGAGGCCUGGUUCGCGUCUGGCAGCUAUCCACACACCGGCUCCAAGCAACUCUUAGUGGUCACAUAGGCCACAUCACAUGUGUAACGUUUUCGCCAAAUAAUCUCCUGGUGCUGAGCGGGUCUGAGGAUAGAACUAUUGUUGUUUGGCAGUUAGCUGACAAUUCACCAUCAUUGACUUAUAAGGGUCACUCAGCAGCCCUUCAAAGUCUUUUAAUGAUGUCGGACGGACGGCGUGCGAUGUCUGGAGACCGCGCGCGCAAUGUUCACGUCUGGUUGGUGGAUUCAGGAAUAGUUCUGCAUUCCACAGCGUGUCCCAGCACAAGUAUUGAUGUCACUCUUAAUAUGAAAUAUGCGGUCCUGUCCGAAGGCGACAACUCUGUCCGUAUAUGGGCUCUAGCUGAUGGUGAUGAAGAGAAGCGAUCAGUGUCUCAUGCUGAGAGAGUCACGUGUUUUGCUCUGACAUCGGAUUCGCAUCACGUCGUUACUGGCUCUAUGGAUAUGUCUUUAAAAGUAUGGCAGUUGGAUGGUGGCAAGUUGUCGCAAGUUCUAGUGGGUCACUCAGAUAUAGUCACCUGCGUUGCGGUAGCCAUUACGAACAAGACUCAGGUGGUGUCCGGUUCCUGGGACUGCAACUUGAUCGUUUGGGACAUCAACACUGGGACUGAUCUGCACUUGCUGUCCGGUCAUCUUGGAAAAGUCACCUGUGUUAAGGUCACUGGUGAUGGCUCCAUUGCAGUGUCUGGUGCGGAAGACAAAACGCUCAUAAUAUGGGAGACGAAACGAGGUCUGGCGUUGACAUCUUUAGCAUUGCACGUGCCUCUGCUCGGGUUCCAGAUAACAAGUGACUGCGCUCGUAUUGUCAUACAUCUGUUGGAUAGAGGUUGUUUGCCGAUAAUCUGUUUACACAACACGCCAGCCACCUACGUAAAGAUACCAACCUACGCUGCACCCACGAAGGAUGUCGAUGAGCUACGCCCCUUGGCACCGAAGCGACCUAUGCGAAGGUUGUUGAAGAAAGAGGUUUCGUUGGAUACUUACACAUGGCAGAAGAAAUAUGCGCACCUCACUUCAGCAGCGAUGAUGGCUCAAGUGGAUGAAAGACUGAAACGAAGGUUCUCCGUAUCAGCAUCGAUGGAAGAAAUAUCAAAAAUACAGGAGGCGAAAAAUAAAGAUUUAGGCUCACAGGUGAGCCUUGGACCAGAACAGGCAGCGCUGGCGCAAUCACAACAUUUUGAUCAGCUCGAAGCCUUAUGGAAUAAGAUAUCACCUCCAAGACGACGGUCUAAUAAGUCUCUAUCAAAACAAAGUUCAUUAAUUGAACGCGUGGACUCGUCUGAUGAAGAGCACACUCCAGUUGAGGAGCAAGAGCACAUGGUGGAAUAGAAACCUCUUCAUAUAUCUUAAGUUUAUGUAACCUCAUUAAUUUAAAAUAUGAGCUGGUCUCAAACUAUAUUUAGUUUAACUGUUUACUACGUGUUAUUUAAUUUUAAAUUGUGUUUUUAAAUACAUUAUUUAAUCAACAACUUUAGUUAGUCUUGAUUGUAUUUGCUAAGACAGAAAGGAGUUUGCAAAUUUUUUUUAAAUACUACUAAUUAUUAAGAACGAUUUUUAUUACUUCAAUCAAAUAUCACAGUACAAUAUUUCACCUUUGUAUCAAUAUUGUUUACUAUGGACAUGUGCAACAUUCGCAUU